AACUUUUAUAUCGUAGUUUGAUUACAUUUAUUAUAGAUAAAAGUAUGCAUGCAUUAUCUUAUGAAAAAUUUUUUUUCACACGAUAUAAUUGAUCAUUUUUAAAGUUCGAUAAAUACAAUGGAAACUUCUGGUAUUCCCGUUUCAGCUUUUGCUAUGUAUUCAGAUUCCAAAAAACGAAACAGUGUCAAGGAAAAAUCUAAAGUAAAAGUUAAAAGGAAGAGAUCGAAUUCAAUAACAAGCGAUUUUGAGUGUAACAAGACUUCUACGAGUUCCAAUGGUUUCGAUGUAAGCAAAAACUCAUGUCUACAAAAAAAAAAAACACCCAACAAAUUAAAGCUUCAUGAUGCAGUAAGUGAUGACGAUAAAACCAACAAAACAUCAAUGAAAACUGAAUCUACAAAAUCAUCAUGUUCAAAAGCGAUGAAGACAAGCAUAAAAAAAGAAAAUAAGAAAAAAAAAAAUACCAAAAUUACCUCCUGUCUAUCAUCACCAUCUUAUAAAGCAGAAGAGAAUGUAAAUAGUGUUAAUCCAAUAGAAGACUCCUCAAUACUAUUUUCGUGGUUAAUUCAUCCAAUGUCUGUUGACAAAUUUUUUAACAAAAGUUGGGAAAAGGCUCCCUUACAUAUUAAACGAAAUAAGGCAAAUUACUACAAACUUUUAAUGUCAACACCAAUGAUAGAUGACCUAUUAAGAAAGUAUAAUAUUCUAUUCACUAAAAAUAUCGAUAUAACAUCUUAUUCGGAUGGUCAACGAGAAACUCAUAAUCCACCGGGCCGAGCACUUCCGAGUGUUGUUUGGGAUUAUUAUGCAAAUGGUUGUUCUGUUCGAAUGCUCAAUCCGCAAACUUUUAUUCCGAAGUUGCAUACACUAAAUGCAUCAUUACAAGAGUAUUUUGGAUGCUUUGUGGGAGCAAACUCUUACUUAACACCUCCGGAUAGCCAGGGAUUUGCUCCACACUACGAUGAUAUUGAAGCAUUUAUUUUACAAAUUGAAGGAAAAAAGCGCUGGCGUCUUUAUAAACCACGAAAUGAUGAAGAAUAUCUUCCAAGAUAUUCAUCAAAGAAUUUUGAUCAAUCAGAAAUUGGAGAACCAAUUUUAGAUGUAGUUGUUGAAGCAGGAGAUUUACUGUAUUUUCCUCGUGGUACAAUUCAUCAAGGAGAAACCAUUGAUGGGUGUCACAGUCUUCAUAUAACUUUGAGUUGCUAUCAAAAAAAUAGUUGGGGAAAUUUUUUAGAAGAACUCGUUCCGGAAGCAUUGAAAACUUCCAUUGAAUGUAAUUCCGAGUUUCGACAAGGACUUCCAUUGAAUUAUCUUAAUGAAAUUGGUUCUGUACAUUCAAAAAAAAAUACUGAAUUUCGACAAAAAUUUAUAAAAAAUACAAAAGAUUUGUUACAUAAAAUGAUUGAUAUGAUUGAUAUUGAUAAAGCUGCUGAUCAAAUCGCAAAAAAUCAUAUUCAUGAUUUUUUACCACCGGUUUUGGCACCAAUUGAACUAGAGUGCUCAGCUCUUCAAGAUGGUGAACGAAUGAUUGAGCAAGGUGUCGUUGUUAAUCGAGUUGAAAUUGAACCUGACACGAGAAUCAGACUGGUGAGAGCACAUUGUGUCAGACUUGUUGAAAACAAAGAAGCUUGGCGAAUUUAUUAUUCCUCAGAAAAUUCUAAAGAGUAUCAUCAAUAUGAACUUCAGUUUUUAGAACUUGACAGUCACAUCGUUCCUGCUGUGAAAAAAAUUAUUGCGAGUUACCCAGAUUUUGUCAAAGUUGACGAUUUACCUAUCGAAGGUGAAGAUAACAAGGUUCAAGUUGCAAGAGAUCUUUGGGAAAAGUGCAUUGUUCUGACAGAUGUACCCUUACCGAUUAUUGAAUGAAAUAAAAAAAAAUAAGUUUUUCAUUAUGUAUCAAAAUAGUUAGAUAAGUUAAAAUUUUUUAAUCUUAUUUGCUCAAAAUAAUUAUUAAAAAUUUGAAUAAUCAAUAUAAUUUAUUCAUUGCAUA